AUGUCACUCCCAUCCGGUUGUAGUGUGUGCGGCAAGGAAGAUGGAGUUCUUCGCUGCUCUGGCUGCAAAGUGAUGAUGUACUGCGACGUCGAACACCAGACUGCUCACCGACAAGCGCAUAAGUCUGCUUGUAGCGCCAUUAGAAGAUGCCGCUUUGCUAUGGAGAAGAAAGAACAGGCCUUACGGGCUCAUCCAGAUGAUAUCUUCACCCACGGCGAGUGCUACAAUUUUUUGAAAUGGUGGGCUACGACCGGCCAGGAACACAACUACGAUUGGGGCAACAAUACUCUGCCGUACCUUGACAUCAAGAACGCCAAUCCCCUUGAGCCAGUCGAUAUGUUCUGUGAUAGGAUGAUCGAUCUUCCUCAUAUGGUUGCUGUGACUCUAGUCAAGAUCGAAGUGCUUCAAGUGUUCUUCAUAAACACCGGAUCUCUUGAUGGAAUUACCGCUGACAUGCUGGUAUUCGGACUCAAAUCUUCGACUAUCGCCAAAAACCCCAAUAUCGCCAACUGUGACGAUGGAUGGCUUGAAGUUGUGAAACUAAAGGCCUAG